UUUCUUAAAUAAAAUAAGAACACUGCAUGCAGUGUUGAUUGUCGAUGUUGGCCACUCCAUAAAGAAUCGAUUCUUUCCAACAACUUUAUUCAAACGAUGAUAUAUAUAUUUUUUAAAAAUCAAUGCUCAAACGUGAUCAAAGAGUCGAUAUUUUCUUUACGAAGGUGUCAGUACAAUAAUCGAUGAUUGUUGACGUUCUGUGAAACAUCCGGGAUAUUGCCUAUGUACAACAUUAACAAGAUGGCUGCGCCCAUAUUCUCAAUUCCCGUCAAAACAUUUGCUUGUGAGUAGCCUAGUACUACUGGCCUAAAUACGAUUAAGGAUUUAGCCAUGGCGACCCCACGUCCACGGAAGAACAUUCUAUCGUCAUCGUCAGUCUCUCAGGUUGAAUCUUCAUCACGGAUCGUUUUUUACUUCAAGGACCUGUGAAGUGGUUAUGCCAGGCAAAGUUUGGUCUCCUGCACCAAGCUGGACCGAUGAUCUUCCAGUCUGUCAUUUGUCUGGCAUUGGCUUCUCAACCAAUCAGAUUUAUCGACAAGAUGGUGCUAGGGAGGAAGAACAUGAGUUUGAGGAUCGCUUCUUCCAUUUUAGGGCGUAUGAGGUUGAGUGCUACUUGUAUGGCAUCUUUGAUGGGCAUGACGGGAUGCAUGUUGCAGACUUUGCCCGUCUUCGCUUACCGGCGGAGCUGCUUCUAGGACAGUUACUGGAUGUCACUGAUGAUGCAGCGGUCAAGGACAUCCUCCAUCGUGCCUUCCACACCGUGGAGAGAAGCUACUUUGAGACUAUUGACGAGGUUUUGGCUGAAAGAACAAAUCUAAAGUUGCAGUUGCCAGAGGAGCUGAAUGACUAUGAGCUAUAUCAGCAAUACCCAACGGAAGUAGACAAAAUACAAUCCUUGGAUAGUCAGAUCAUUGGUGGUGCUUCUGCCAACAUUGCACUCAUCAUCUCUGGAAAACUCUAUGUAGCUAAUGUAGGUGAUUCCAGAACCAUCCUUUGCAUCAGUGAGCCAGAUGGUAGCCUAUCUGUCAAGCAGCUCAGUAUCGACCACACUGUCCUGAAUGAUGACGAGAUACUGAGAUUGCAACAACUUGGCCUGGAUGUCAGUCAGAUCAAUGGCAAUCAGCUGGGCAGCUCUAACACCACCAGAAAGAUUGGGGAUCACUCCUUGAAAGGAGGCUACAAGGAACAUGUCAUGCUCAGUCUUGCACAGAGUGAACCAGUGAUAGCUGAGCCUGAGGUGAUUGGUGGAAUACCUCUGAAUGGCAUGAAUGGAUUCAUGGCCAUGUUUACAGGUGGACUGCACAAAUCACUGGUGGAUGCCACAGCAACAACACAGGUCAACAUUGACAUUGCCAAAAUGAUUGCAGCAGAAUUCAGUGUCCAGACCACACUGAGUGGCGUCACGCAGGGUGUGGUGGAUAAGGUUGUGCGCAUCCAUCACGACACCUACUUGGAGAAGGGGCCACGCGCCAGCAAGUGUCAUAAACGUGAGGACAUCACGCUCUUAGUGCGCAACUUUGGAUUUCCAUUGGGAACCAGUGUCAGCAGUCCCAUGUCACAGUUUAAUCCUGUCACUGUACCAUACAACCCUGGGGCUGUGAGUGCACAGAGACCCACACUGAUCAUCCCACCAAGGCCAGGCUUUACUGGUCCGUCAUCACCUCAACCUAGCCGCAUUCUCCAGCCAGACCAGAUUAUGCCAAUCUCACCAACCAUGGUACCACUCUCCAUCAAUGUAACAGAUACAAUGUCUCCAACAUCCUCUCGCACCAGCACAGUCGGAUCCCCUACCAGUAGUAGCGUGUCUACUCCAUGCAGUAACCUGAAUGACACUGAUCCAAAUAGCAAUCAAGACUCUAGGUACAAUACCAGUGACAGUGACACUCAGCGUAGUGGGGAGGAACUCUUAUUGUUUCAACGCCUUCAGGUGGCCAGUCCACGCCCAACAGAACCUGAUGAAGAAGGGUAUAUUGAACCCUAUGUUGACUUCACUGAAUUCAACGAAGUUUUCAAUGCGGCCAUAAUGGAUAAUCUCUUGUCGCAGUGAUACAGUUGCAAUGUAAAUAUGAUUUUAAAUUAUUUUAGUAUUUAAAUUGGUGCCAAGUGUCCAAAAGUGUAAAUAUUUCCUGUCAUUUGGUCAUGUUAAUUACCUUGCAUCCUAUGAUAAUGUCGGUGCACUAUAAUGACAAGAAAAAUUAAGAGGUUUUAAGUGCUGUUUUGGAACACAUGAAUUUAAUGGUAUUGUUUCAGACUGAGUUGCAUUAUAAUUAAACUUGUAACCAUUUCUUGCAUAGUGUAAGAUCAACUUCACUCAGUCUGUAGCUGUGACAACAAAGAAGUUGUUCAUUGCACUUGUACAUUUUUAAACACGGUCAUCCCACACAAAUGCUGGAAAGUUGUAAUAUACAACAACAACAAAUAAUAAAAUACAGUUGUGUUAACAGUGGCAAUUGCAAAAUAAUUUAAAGGCAAAAACCAAAAAACAAAAAAAACAAAAAAGGUGAUUUGAAAAUUCACUUUUGUAUUUUUUCAAAUCAUUUUACAAUGCUUCUUUUAUGAACAAAUAGUUGUAUUUUUCUGAUGUUGUAUCAUGCGGUAUUGUAAUUUUGAGAUGAUCACUAUUUCAAGAAAGAUGUUGGGAUGACUCAAUGAGAAAGCGUCAAGUUGAUUAUAAGAAUUAAAAAUUGACACUUAGAAGUCGAAGGUUGUUGAAAUAAUAAUGUAAUAGAGUGUGUACAAAAAGAAGUCGGCAAAUUCACUUUAGUGAUACACAUGGAUAAUUUUUAAAUCGCUUUUGAUUUUUGAA